AUGAACUUCCUUCAAUGGCAUGGUCCACAAGCACAAUUGAUCAUCACUGAACCUGAGCUAAUCAAAGAGAUAUUGAACAACAAAGAUAGAGCAUACCCCAAAGCAAAGGCCCCAAAUUAUGUAAAGAAUCUCCUAGGGGAUGGACUUAUCACGUCAGGAGGUGAAAAAUGGUUGAAGAUGAGGAAACUGGCCAACCAUGCUUUCCAUGCAGAAAGCUUAAAAAAUAUGAUUCCAGAAAUGAUUUCCAGUUCAGAGAUUAUGCUUGAAAGAUGGAGACACCAUGAAAGCAAGGAGAUAGAUGUAUUCCGAGAGUUCAAGGUUUUAACACAAGAAAUAAUUUCCAGGACAGCUUUUGGAAGCAGCUACUUGGAUGGGCAGAACAUAUUUGAUAUGCUAACGAGGAUUGCUCACAUUAUUUCAGGAAACGGUUACAGAAUUAGAAUUCCAGGAAUUGGGUAA